AUGGCACGAAAAGGAAAUCAAAGCAAGAGUGGUCCCAAUCAUGCUUCACCUAACUGGCAAAAUACAACUGAUGGUGAUGUACUAAGUACACGAGAAAGGGGUGCUACAGAUAGUGAAAAUCCGAGUUCACAUGUUCAAGGCAGAUCAAAGGGUCCUGAAGGAAGCAGUGAGAAGAAAGGAAGAAGCAGCAAAAGGAACAGCAGAAACAAUGGCAUAUCAUCCUUUGGAAAGAAGCAACAAAUGGAUACCAGUUGUGAUAUAAGCAGUUCAGAAGAAAAUGAGCUUUCGAUAAGAGGCACUAAAAAUAGAAGAGGUAGCAAGAAACCCUCUAGGCGCGGUUUUGGUAGAAGUUUUUCGAUUGAGCAAACAACAUCAUCUGGAUUGGCAGGAAAUGUUUUGGAGAAGACUAGGUGCAUUGCUUGCAUGGCUGCAUCCAUUAUUAGAGCUUCCAUGAUAUAUCUAGUCGAGGAAGGUAAAAAAUUUAUCGACAGAAGAAGGCCAACAAUCAACGCUUACAUGGCUAUUGUGAACAAAGGGCAUGCCUAUGUCUUAAGCAAAAUUGCGUAUGUUUAUCGACUUUAUCCUAUAGUUCGAGCUUGGAUGCUUAAUGCUGGAAGGUUGAUGUUGCUCUUGUUGACGGUUUGGCUAGACUGCAAUCUAAGGGGCUUUGAUUCUUUGCUACGGUUGGGGGGGACAAACUCCAUCCUAGCAGUACUUUGGUGCAGCAUGCUGUCAACUUUUUCAAUGAUUGGGAUAAAAAAGAUGCUCAUAUUCAUGGCGAUUGCUGCUUCUGCGAUUGCCUUCAUAGGUCUAGGUUUUGCUAUCCUGCUUAUCUCAGUUCUUGCAGUGGUAAUCUUAUGGUUUUAUGGAAGUUUUUGGACGACAACUUGUGUAAUAAUUCUUGGAGGUGUUUUCUUUUUCGUGAAACGUGAACGAAUAGCUCUCCUUGUUGCCUGUUUAUAUUCGAUGUAUUGUGCGAGAUGCUACGUCGGAUGGCUCGGAUUGCUUUUGGGCCUCAACUUAUCUUUCUUUUCUAGUGAUGUUCUAGUGCAGUUCCUAAGGGACAAUGUAGACAAUAAGAAAUUCAAUGGUUCUUCAAGGAACUCGGAGCAAAGCUCAGGUAGACCAGGCAAUAUCUUUGAAGAAUUUCAGCCAUCGGCAGAUAGCGCCUCCCAAGCCAGAUAUGCUCCAGCUUCAGAUCGAAGUCCAGGUGAUCCUUCAACAAGUGGAUCUGAGAAAGAGCUGACCUCUGAAGAUGAAGUGGCUCGUUUACAGAACUGCACUGACCACUAUUCAGCAUUAGGUUUCCGUCGAUAUGAGAACAUAGAUGUAUCAUCUCUUAAGAGAGAAUACAAGAAAAAGGCUAUGUUAGUCCAUCCCGAUAAGAAUAUGGGCAAUGAUAAAGCUGCUGAUGCAUUUAAAAAGCUUCAAAAUGCAUAUGAGAUUCUUCUUGAUUCACUGAAACGCAAGACAUAUGAUGAUGAGUUGAGGAGGGAGGACCUCCUGAAUUACUUCAGGCAGAGUGUUUCUCAAAAGAAUGGAAGAAACAGUACUUUCCAACAUGGGUUCAGCCCUUCAGAAGGUGUUGAUGAAGGUCCUUAUGGUCUUUCCAGAAGAAUAGCUUGCAAAAAAUGCGGCGACUUUCAUCUUUGGAUUUAUACUGGAAGAGCUAAAUCACAAGCUAGGUGGUGUCAGGACUGCAAGGAGUUCCAUCAAGCUAAAGAUGGCGAUGGAUGGGUUGAACAGUCCUUUCAACCUGUUCUAUUUGGCAUGCUGCAGAAGCUUGAUUUACCUCAUGCAUAUGUUUGUGCAGAAAGCUACAUAUUUGAUGUCACUGAGUGGUUCAACUGUCAGGGAAUGAGAUGCCCGGCGAACACUCACAAGGCAACCUUUCAUGUCAAUGCCAACAUGGCAAAGCAGAGUAGUGGCAAGGGGAGUACCUCAGCACAGAGGGGUGGUAAGGCCCCAAGUGGUGUAAACAUGGAUGGAGGACUCAACGAGGAAGAGUUCUUCGAGUGGUUCCAGAAUGCAGUCAACUCUGGAAUGUUUGAAACUGCAUUCGGGGCACAAGGUGACCCGACUUCUCCUGGUAGCGGAAGCAAUGCGAAGAGUAGCAGUAGCAGUAGUAGUAGGAAAAAGAAGAAGGGGAAGAAACAGUGGUAA